UUCCACCUCCAUGCUGUUUGUGGCAGCUAAGGGAACAACGUGGAUGCAAGAAAUACAGUUAUUUUGUUAAAAUUAUUGCAUGAAACACCUCACGUCACCUCAUGAUUUCUUCAAGACGGAUUUAACAAAGAAUUUACUAACUCUGCGCAAAGAUGGGUAAACCUCCUAAAAAGAGGAAUCUUGCCGACAAGGUUCGCAAGACCAAAACUUCUACUGAGAUCAAAAACAACCCUUUUGAAGUGAAAAUUAACAGGAAGAAAUUUGAUGUUUUGGGAAGAAAAUCCAAACAUGACGUUGGUCUACCAGGGGUUUCCCGAUCCAAAUCCAUCACAAAGAGAAAAGAAACUCUGUUAAAGGAGUAUAGACAGAAAAACAAAUCAAGUAAACUCAUUGACAGACGUUUGGGAGAAUAUGACUCCAAGAUGGCACCAGAAGACAAAAUCCUGCAGAGGUUUGCCAUGGAGCGACAGCGUACGCAUGACAAGAAAGAUAAAUACAACUUGAAUGAAGAAGAGGAGCUCACUCACUACGGACAAUCUUUGGCUGAAAUUGAGAAAUUCAAUGAUGCUGUUGGAAGUGAUGAGGAAACUGAAGAGAAGGGGCUAUUGUCAGCUGAACUCACUGCCUCACACUUUGGCGGCGGUGGUCUUCUCAGAAAGAAAGGUUCAGGACAGCAGCCAGAUGAUGAGGGGAGUCAGAGAGCCAAGUCCAGACAAGAGCUCAUUGAAGAACUCAUACAAAAGUCCAAACAGGAAAAACGUGAACGGCAAGUGCAGAAAGAAGAAGCGCAGGAGCUGACAGAAAAGCUGGACCAGGAGUGGAAGAGCAUUCAAGCCUUGAUGGUGAAAAAAACUCCCAAAUCGGAUCAGGCUGAUAAACCAGAGGAGAAGCCAAAGCUUGAAGAAUAUGACAUGAUGGUGCGAGAGCUUGGCUUUGAGAUGAAAGCUCAACCAUCAGAGAAGUUGAAAACUCCAGAGGAGAUUGCCAGAGAGGAGAGGGAGAAGCUACAGAAAUUAGAGGCCGACCGACUGAGGAGAAUGCUGGGGGAGGAAGCAGGAGACAGUGCUCAAACACAAAGUCAAACGCACAUGUCGGCUGAUGACCUGAACGAUGGCUUUAUUCUGGAUAAGAAUGACAAAAAGACCCUGUCAUAUGAGGAUGGAAAAUGGAACAUCACAGAAGAGAAUGAAGAACAGGACGAUGAUGAUGAUGAUGAUGAGAAACAAGGAGAUGGUGGUGAAGAGGAUCAGUCAGACGCAGAUGAUGAUGAUGAUGAUGCUGAGGAGGCAGAUUCAGAUGAGGGAGAGGAGGACGAUGAGGAAGAGGAUGAUGGCAGUGAUGAAGCGGAGGAGGAGGAUGGCCACUCAGAUCUAGAGUCAGAGCAAAGCGCUGAAGAAGAAGAUGAACCCCCAAAGGAAGAGACCAAGCCAAAGAAGAUAUUGAGCAAAGAAGAGUUGAAGGCCCAGAAGGAAGCUGCAAAAGCUGAACUUCCAUACACAUUUGCUGUUCCAGAGAGUUACAAGGCCCUAAAAGAUUUGCUUAAUGGCCACACUUGUGAAAACCAGCGCAUUAUUGUGGCUAGAACUCAGAAAUGUAACCAUCCAAGUUUAGCUGUAGGAAAUAAGAUGAAAUUGCAGAAACUAUUUGGCUUUUUGUUGGAGUACAUCGGAGACUUGGCUACAAAAACUCCACCUGAAUUGACCACUAUUGAUAAGCUCAUACCGGAGCUGUACGGUCUGUGUCAGGUGUUUCCUGAAGCCGCCUGUAAGUCAAUGCAGACCAUCAUUGGAGAUGCAGCUCACAGCAUGGAGGAAAAGCUUGAAGGCAAAGGUUAUGCUCCUUUUCCAACACUGGACAUGCUUAUUUACCUGAAGGUGACAGCACAGUUUUUUCCAACAUCUGACUUCAGACAUCCUGUCACUACUCCAGCUCUGCUGUACAUCAGCCAGACUUUAACGAAGUGUCCAGUGAGGACUCUCCAGGAUGUAACAGUGGGCCUUGUGCUGUGUUGUCUGGCAGUGGAGUACAUCUCGCUCUCAAAGCGCUUCCUGCCUGAACUUGUAAAUUUCCUUGUUGGAAUACUACAUGUAGCUGUCAAAGAGAAGAAUUCUCUCGGUUAUAAUGUGGUACCCCCCUUUAGGCCCAUGGGGAAGCACAGUGAUCUGCUUGUGUUAUCAAACCCAGAGUCCUGCCGGAGCUGGAGUAAGAACGCCAUCCCUCUGUCUGCAGCCCAACACCAGGAGUUCAGCAGUGAACUGGACAGAGACCACCACAGGUUGACCUGUUUAUCGACCUGCUUGGACCUGGUGAAGAGGUGCUCGCUGCUCUACAAAGACCUUCCAUCCUACAGCCACAUCUUCAGACCUCUCAGAACACUCCUUUCUAACCAUCUCUCCGUGCAAGUUUUACCCGAGGCGUUGCAUACUUUGCACAGUGAGAUCCUGGAAAUCAUUAGCAGCGCCACAAUGACUCGUGCUCCUUUAGUGUUUGAGAAGAAGAAGCCUAUUCCUCUGAAGCUACUGACGCCAAAGAUAGUUGAAAUAGUGGACUACGGUAAGAAGCGCGGCUGCACCCGAGAGGAGCGGGAGAAGGAACGUCUCAAGCACAAAUAUAAGAAAGAGUUUAAGGGAGCUUUGAGGGAAAUCAGGAAGGACUCGCGCUUCCUGGCCAGAGAGAAGCUAAACGACGUCAUGCAAAAGGACAUGGAGAGAAAGAGAAAGGUGAAGGAAUUAUUAGGUAGUCUGGCCACACAGGAGGGAGAGUGGAAGGCCCUCAAGAGGAAGAAGAAAAAGUGAGACGCGAAAUGUCACUUUUCAUGUUUUUUUAAAAAUGCCUAUCAUAUUGAACAGAGCUUUUAAGAUAAUCGUUCAGAAUUUUCUACUUGCUCUAACUUUCUGACUGGAUACAUAAUGGACUAAGUGAAUAUUCACGUUUAUUACGGAAGUGUUAUGUUAUUGAACAAAACACAUAAAAUCUUUACAACUAAACCAAUACAAGUUUCUGUUAGCUUUUUAAAACAUGUCUAUGUUAAUGUCACUUUAAGAGGCUCAUCGCCUGGUGGUAAGUUCCUUCUGUUGUUGCCACUUCUGCCCCGGCUCAGACUCACACCUGAAGCAUCAGGCUGUUCCUUUUUGGUCCAGAUUCUAUGUGCUAUAAGGUGAAUAACGCUGGAAUAUUUUUGCAUUUACUGAAACCCAUAUAAACGUUAACAGAAAGAAUGACUUAGUAAUAAACUUAAGACCUCUCCUGUGUUGCAUUGAUGAUUUGGAUCGAUGCAUUUCUCAGACGUGGUCUGGGCCUUUUCUUCCACACAGAACAUUUGCUUUUCAUGUAACUUUUUUCAGUUUUUUUCUAUUGGCGUCAGGUAGACCUGAUUGCCUGAGCCACUCUAGUGACUUAAUUUUCUUUCUCUGAAACCGAUUUCCUUGGCUUUGUGCUUGUGAAAAGCCCCACAGCAUCAUGUUCCCAUGACGUCUGAAGUUCAUUUCAAGGACAGUGUCAUUUUUUUGUACAUUAUUUGCUUGAUGUUGGUCUAAUCUGACCCAUCUAGUCUCACAAUGUUUUUUUUUUUUUUGUUUUUUUUUUAUCUUAAAAGAACUUUGUUACACACAACUGCAUUUUUUUAUUUUUAAAAAUGUGCAUAAUGGCUCUGAUAGCUGAAUGCAUACUGUCUUUGCUUGUGUGGAUCACAUUGGCUGUCAUUAAAAUCUGGUGAUAGUUUC